UUCCUUUUCUUCUUCAUCAAAGCUUUCAUCAACACACAAAAAAAUGAAAACUCUCCACUUUUUAGCUCCCAAUGUUAUCAAUCUGAAGCACCAACAAUCUUACGCACAAACCCAGUUCAUGUUGCAUCGUAACAACAGACGAACUCUAACGAUAAACUGCGUAAACAGUGGUGGUGAGGAUGAGAAGAUUUCUCAGCCGUUCGAUGGGGUGGAGAUAAGAUUCAAAAGAGGGUCGAGAAAGAAGAUUAGGGAAGAGGGUUCAGGAGAAGGAGGAGGAGGAGGGCAAAACAGUAAGAAAAAAGAGACUGUUCAAAAGCCAUGGGAAGAGAUGACAUUGAAUGAGAAGGCACUAGAGCUUUAUGUUGGAGAGAAAGGUUUGUUGUUUUGGCUGAACAAAUUGGCUUACGCUUCGAUUUACAUUGUCAUUGGAGGUUGGAUUCUUUUCCGGUUCGUCGGACCGGCGUUCAAUCUUUAUCAGCUCGAUACGCCGCCUCUUGAUCCUAAAAACAUCUUGAAGGGUUAAAAAAGGUUUCUCAACUUUUCAAACAUUUUGAGGUUUGUAUUAAAGUUUAGUUUUUGAGUAGCCAAACCGGAAACAAAAGCAAACAGAGAUUGAGAAAUUUAAUGAGUGGUUUAUAGAUA